AUGAAGCAAGUGUCAAACACGGUGGUCGCACUCAAGUCCCCUCUGAUUUUGGGGAAACGCAAGUUAGAUUGCGUGUGUCUGACGUUGGACACGAGUACUCCGAAGGAAACCUAUUUCACAGACAAGAAGCGCAAAAUCAAAGGAAAGGACUACUCCAUCUUCAUUACAAUCCUCAAAACCAAAUUCACGUUUUCUGUCAUUAAGCCCGACUCCUCGUUUUUCAUCAGCAACUCGAGAACAAGCUUUGUUAAAUGCUAUCAUGGAACCUCUCCUUCCUACUUGGUGCCUUGCAGACCGGGUCUGGUGAUCGCCACGUCGUCCAACGUGCAUUAUAUUCCGCACGAAGACGUGAUCGCGAUGAAUCUGGACCGGUUGGGAGGAGGCACGUUCGAUUUCAUGGUCAAAACGAGUACUCAAAAGCAGUACGAUUUCACGAUGGUGGCGCGGGAAGAACGAGCGUGUCUGGAAGAAUACAGCAAGGAAGUCAUUCGGGAAAACCGAAUUCGACAGGGAGGAAAGGGAAAUGAGGUGGACGAAGACGAUUCGAGUGACGACCCGUUCUCUCUACAGUCUGAAGAUGAAAGCGAUAAAGAGAAGGACGCAGAGGCCCUGAAAGAAUUGGUGAAAGAAGAUUCGGAGGAAGAUGCAGAUGGCAGCGAUAGUAGUCCUGAUGAUGACCUUCCUUCUAAAAGGCAAAGAACGAUUUAG